AAGGGAUUAAUCCGACUCCCAGCGCCCCAUCUUAAUGUAAGCGACUGAUAAAGCCCUGCUCUGCCAUCACCGGAGCUCUUUUAAAAGGUUUGCCUCUUCUCUUCAGCUUUCUUAACUUACCCAGGGGUCUGUUUAUACUGGCAUAGGGGGUGGAGUUUGGGGUACUUUGCUCUGGAAUGUCUUCUGCCCACCAUCCCUGAUUCCACCAGGAAGUGAGAUGCUCAGGACGGAUGGUACCCACCUCUCCAUGAAUCUGGGUGCCACGGAGAGUGGAAGGGAAUCAGACCUGCCUCUUGUAGAGAGGAGGGUGGGGGUGGGGAGCCAUCUUCCUUUCUUAUGUACCUCUCUGCUUUCAAACAGGAUUGGGCACCUGCCUGUUCUUCCCGGGGUGACCAAAGGACAGCAGAACCUCCCAUGGAUAAAACCAGCCGAGUAUUAAAAACAAAAAAGCGACUUGCCUCCCAGUUUAAUAACCCCCAUCCCAAAUGGCUAACAGGGGGGUGGACGGUAGUCCUGCCAUCUGGCUGGGUAAGGAGCCUCCUGCUUUCCAUUCACAACCACAUCAGCUCCUCUCUACCAAGCAAGCUCGCCUUUCCUGCAAAGGUGGAUGAGCUUUUUCACACAGAUCUCCAAAUGACGCCAAGGUGAUUUGCAUAUCCCCUUUCCUUCCCUCCUCCCAGGUAACCUGUCUCCUUUGUUUCCCCCCUCUAAGCCCCUGGAUCACAAAAUAUUUAGCCGUCUUCCAAUGAGGGGGGGGGCAUUGUGUGUGAUUGUGGGGGGGGGACAGAACAGUUUUGCAGGCAGUGCCACUGAUCGUGGAAGGAGGGAGGCGAGGGGGGAACCUCUCUCUCCCACCAGUUUUUCUUUUAAGGUGAAACCAGCAGAAAUGGUUUCAAGCCAGCUUGCUUCCCUGGGGCGUCCAAGGAUCUUCUUGAGCGGGGAUCAGUUCCCUCGUGGAUCGCUACAGGCGAGGAGGUCCUGCUGGAUACCUGCAAGGGGGUGGGGAGGCUCCUCCUGACCCUGAGUCUCUCCCCUGCCUCUGGUGUCCUUUCAUGAUGCUGCGCCUUGCUUUUUCUGGAAGGGAAGGCUCCUAGAUCUCUUCCCCCCACCCUCCAUCCAGCUUUUUUGGCUCCGAGUUCCAAGGGUGCUCCCAAACCACAACGAGAGCACCCACCCACCCACUGCCUUUCUCUCUCGCGCACACACACGCGCGCGCGAGCAUCACACACACACACACACAAAUUGGAUACAUUUUGAAUAAGCUUUUGGUUCCUUAUCCGGGGACUCGCUCGGCGGGCGUGAUUGGCGCAACGAGUCACAUGGUGAAACUAACUUUACGGGGUCGCCAGCUAGUAGGAGGGUUUUAUGGAGCAGAAAAACGACAAAGCGAGAAAAAUUAUUUUCCACUCCAGAAAUUAAUGAUCAUGAGCUCGUAUUUGAUGGACUCUAACUACAUCGAUCCGAAAUUCCCUCCAUGCGAGGAAUAUUCGCAAAAUAAUUACAUCCCCGACCACAGUCCGGAAUAUUACAGCCGGACCAGAGAGUCCAGUUUCCAGCACCACCACCAGGAGCUGUACCCUCCGCCUCCUCCUCCGCCGCCGCGACCCGGCUACCCCGAGCGCCAGUACAGCUGCGCCGGCCUCCCCGGGCCCGGGAGCAACCCCCCGGCGCACCCCAGGGGCCAUGGACCGCCGUCCGGGGGCCACCACCUCCCCGACAAGCCCCCGCAGCUCUGCGACCAAACGGCGCUCUCCAGCGCGGCCGCCUCGCCGGCCCCGGCCCCCCCAGCCUGCACCCAGCAGACCCCCGAGCAUCCCAGCACCACGGCCGCCAAGCAGCCCAUCGUCUACCCCUGGAUGAAAAAAAUCCACGUCAGUACCGUGAACCCCAAUUACAAUGGAGGCGAGCCCAAACGAUCCCGGACUGCCUACACGAGACAGCAGGUCUUGGAACUGGAGAAGGAAUUCCACUAUAACAGAUACCUGACUAGGCGGCGGCGCAUCGAGAUCGCCCAUUCCUUGUGUCUGUCGGAGAGACAGAUCAAGAUCUGGUUUCAGAACAGGCGGAUGAAGUGGAAAAAAGACCACCGGCUGCCCAACACCAAAGUGCGGUCGACGGCGCCGGCCAAUUCCUCCGGCAGCUCGAUCCCGGCUUCUUCCAACCCCGUGGCAGCCAGUGAAGAGCAGUCGCAAAGCUCAUCUCAGGACCAACGGCCAGAGGAUAUUACAAGGUUAUAAACAAACAAACAAAACAAAACAAAACAGAACAGAACAGAAAACCGACCGACCGACCCCCCCCCCAACAAAAAAUUGACUCUGAUUAUUUAUAGAAUCUAAUAUAUAUCUAUAUAUUUUGGUUCUUUUUGUUCCCCCCCUCCUCGUUUUUUUCCUCGUGCUUAUAUAUAUUUAAAGAAGAGGGGGUGGAAACACACAAAAGAAAGAGAUCAGGCUUGAAGAUCUCACACUUACGUGCAUGUAUUAUUAGCAUGAGAUGCCAGGUGGAAGUACCUGCUGGGUUUUUUUUCCCAAAAAACCCGCCAUUUUCCGGGUUUUAUUUAUUUUUUAAAGGGAAGGAGUCGAGGAGUUGUGUGAAUGUGCCCGCGUGUGUGUGUGUGUGUGUGUGUGUGUGUGAGUGAGUGUGUGUGUGUUCUGUGUGUGUGUUGGGGGAGCUGGAUGUUCUGUUUUAGAUGAAUAUUCGGGGCAUAUGCUAAUAAUUAUUACGCAGGCAAGGGAAGAAUGUAGUUAUUUUGCUCUGUGCGUUUACAAACCGGGAACAAAACAAAAGGAAAAUGGACCCUGGUAGGUUUUUUCCCCCUCUCCCCUUUCUUUUUUUUCAAAAUAAACGUGGGGCAAGGUUUUACAAAAAAAAAAGAAUAAAGGGGGGAAAACAGCACAGGAGCUAGAAGUAGCAGAUGAACUGAUGGCUGAUUUAAAUGUAAGAAGAAAAAGAAAGCGAAGGAGAAAGUUGGAAGGAAAAGUCAAUAGCUAGAAUAUUUUUUUUUGGUUGGGAUUUUUCUUUUUGUCGUGGUUCUUGUGUUUUUUGGACUGAUUUUACAUGAUCAUUGUAAACUUGCAAUAAAAGAGUUUUAGUGUAUCUGUGAAAAGUCCCCUUGUUCAAUAAAACCAGUGAGUGUGACACAGA